GGAUAACAUCUUCUUGUAGUAUAUAAGAUCGGAGAAAUGGUACACAACUUACCAUUCCUUGGCGAAAGCUCCUUUCAUUAAAUUAUUUAAGAUUCUAAAAUCACAAUUUUUAAAAAUGAUCGCAAAAUUUUUGAUCGUUUUAUACGCAGUUGUUUACAUAAGUGCUGUGCCGGUUGUAUAUGAAAAUGUCUUCCCCGGGGUUGUAUUCCGUGUGGGCCGCGCACCGAAUCUGGCAUUUGGUUUCGGCAGUGGCUUCAGCAGCAACAUAGGCGGGAUAAGCCACUCUUCCGGAAUCGGAGCGUCCUUUCAAAGCGGAGACGCGACUGCUUACGGCUCGGGCGUUGGAUCUACUGACGGGACAUCAGCUAAAGGUGUAGGCUAUGCCCACGCAGCACCUUACCACCCAGUGGAGAACGGAUUGCAACAUGCUCCAGUAUUCGGUAACAACUUUGGAGGAUACAGAUCCGCUGUAUCCUCAGCACACAACUUCGGAUACGGAUCAGCAGUGUCAUCUGCGCAUAGCGGAAAUGGAUUUGGAUCAGCUGUGUCCUCGGUCAACGGUUACGGCAGAGGAUCGGCUGUCUCCUCAGUCAGCGGUUUAGGAAGGUAUUCAACUGCUGUGUCUUCUGCUAAUGUGCGAGGUUUGGGGUACGAUGCGGUUUCAAGCGUCAGAGGAUCAGGUUACGGAUCAGCUGUAUCUUCUGCUCAGAAUGUUGAUGGGUUUGGAUCAACUGUAUCCUUAGCUCAAGGUCGGGGGUACAAUAACUAUGGUACGUCUAUCGCGGCGUCGCAGAAUUACCCGGGAUUUGGGGCGAGUGUGGCGCAUUCGGUUCAACAGCAGGAUGGAGCUUAUCAGCAGAGCGGUGCAAGCAGCAUCAACGCUCCUGGCAUUCAGUCAGCACAAUCUCACGCCGUUAAUGUUGACUACAAUAAUAAUUACUGAACAUAAAUAUGAUUACAAUUAACGAUAGUUUAUACUAUAGAUAUGUUAUGUGCCUAUCAAAUCUAAUCUGAAUUUAGUUACUCCACUGAGCGCACACAUGCACAAUUUUGUGUUAACUUACUUUAAAUAUUGAUGUAUGUAUAGUUUUUACAUUACCUGGACACACAGCUCGACAUGGUAGUCAAUAUUUAGGUAUUAUUUGUUUAUAUAACUUUAAUUGUUUACUAUACGCGACUAAAUACAAUUAAGACAAUUAGCCACUUUUGCGCGCUUCAGAUUCGACGCGUUAAUGACAUAUCUAAUAGUAUAAAAUCUUUGGUUUAAAUGUAAGAAAACGAUGUCGAGAUGACUGUAACUAGACACUUAUCUCAAUGUCUUUUUAUCAAUUAAAAGCGGACAGAUUAGUGCGACAUAGGUAGAUAUUUAUUAACUUUUGUUCCUCAAAUAAAUUUAAGAAAAACAUAGAAUAAAUGCUUUUCCUAGCUUAUCUUAAUUUAGGUGUGAAAACAACAUUAUAAUCAGUGCGUGAGUUUUAGAAUAAACAGACAAACUUGUUUAGGGAUCUGUGUUAUUUAAAGAUACAAACAACUUCCUAUUUUAACUUACUUAAGAAUAUAUAAGUGUAACACACUAUUCUAUAAUUUAUGGUUACCAUUGAAAGUAUUUUAA